UAGACCAGAGUCCAGCACUGCACUGCCUUAGCUCCCCUGAGCCUUCCCUUCCUGUGCUCUGCUCUCCCUGGGCUCACUUUCGCACCUCCCCUUUCUUUGCCUCACCAGCCCCUCUCCAUGGCUCCCAAGAAGCCUGAUCCAAAGAAGGAGGAGGCAAAGGCUGCCCCCAAGGCAGCUCCAGCUCCAGCUCCAGCGCCAGCACCCCAGCCUGAGCCCCCCAAGGAAGUCGAGUUCGAUGCCUCCAAGAUCAAAAUUGAGUUCACUCCAGAGCAAAUAGAAGAGUUCAAGGAAGCCUUUUCCCUAUUUGAUCGGACCCCCAAGUCAGAGAUGAAAAUCACAUAUGGGCAGUGUGGGGAUGUGAUGAGAGCACUGGGUCAGAACCCAACCCAGGCUGAGGUUCUUCGAGUGCUGGGGAGACCCAAACAGGAAGAACUCAAUUCCAAAAUGAUGGAUUUUGAAACCUUCUUGCCAAUGUUGCAGCAUAUUGCCAAGUGCAAGGACACUGGCACAUAUGAAGAUUUUGUAGAGGGGUUGAGAGUCUUUGAUAAGGAAGGCAAUGGAACUGUCAUGGGGGCUGAGCUGCGCCAUGUGCUGGCCACCCUAGGUGAGAGACUGACUGAAGAUGAGGUGGAGAAACUGAUGGCUGGACAGGAAGACGCCAAUGGCUGCAUCAACUAUGAAGCAUUUGUGAAACAUAUCAUGGCUAGCUGAGAUCUGAGUUCUUCAGGAAGCCCUGAUAGAGGGCCUGAUGGGGAUGAUUCUUCAGUCAGUUCCCUGAAGUGGUGUGGAAUGCUCAUUUGGAUGAAGGCUGGGUGGUUUGUGGUGGGAGGGCCAGGAAAGAAGAGGCUGGCUGUCCACGGGAUGGAUUCCAUUUUGUGGAUCGAGACAAGGGAAGUGCAAUUCUCAAGGGGGCACUCACUAGGGUGAAAUACUUGAUUGCCCUCUUUGAGAAUUGCAGUGAUAAAAUGGUGGCUUCUAUGGAGAAGGCGGAGAGUGGGACAUCACAGAGAAAGGAAAAAGAUGUUUCCUAAACAACUGGAACCAAGUGGCCUUUGCCUUCUUGUCCAUCUCACAAAGACACACAGACACACACACAGAGGCCACUUCAUUGACACAUACAUUUGCCCCAGGAAUUGGGGUAGGGUCAUGGUGUCUUAGGAGUCUAAUCUAGUGAUAUGAGCUCCAGAACCCUGCCCUCCUUUCUCAGUUCAUUUUCCUUUUCACAUAAUAUAUUCAAGUCCACCUCCAAUGUCUCUCUUAUACCUUGGGGGAAGUGUUCUUGUGCCCUUAGGGAUAUGUUCCUCAGGGAAGAGACCAGGGAACAAGGCCCCAGGGUCCUCUGUCCACUUCUACCUUUUGGUGCUACCUUCAUCCUUCUGACUGCUGACCCCCAUUAAAGGGCUUCCUUCUCAUUCA